UAAACAGAAUCCAAACAUCGCCCAACCUGAAUUUGCUUUUUUAUUAUAAAGCCAAAGCCGUCGUCUCUCUUUCUCUGUCUCUGAUAACUCUGCACACUUCACCAUCAAUGGCGUAAAGCGAUAUCAACUCCAGUAGCCUUGCGUGCAGGAAACUUUUUCCAAGAAAUAGAAAUCUUUCUAGUUGUAAUAUAUCUAUAUCAAUAUCAAGUGGGGUUCUAGAGCUUCCUCUUCUUCUUCUUCUUCUUCUUCUUCUUCAACACAACACUCACUGUGAGAACUGUACAGAGUGACCCGGAGAGAGAGAGAGAGAGAGAGAUAUAUGUGUAAGAAGAAGAGGCAACCUGGGGAAGCCCGGAGAGCUGUUUCUGGAGGGAAGGAUCUUUGAAUGCUUCCAUGAAAUCACGUUGGCUUUGGCGUUCGCUAGGAUGAGUAGCAGUGACUCUGCCUAUCGCGUUGAAACGACGUCGCGCCUCGCUCAAUGGCGGAUCGACAACUUCUCUUCUUGCACCUAUCGCAAGUCCGAUCCUUUCAAGAUCGGCCUCUGGAAUUGGCAUUUAGCAGUGGAGAAGAACCGGCUACUAUUCAUUAAACUGUACCCAGAAACAUCGAAUUCUACGAGAAAUAAGCCUCCAAUUGCAUCCUUUAACAUUCGAGUGGUUUGCUCUGUGGGGGAUCGAAAAGCUCUGAUUCACCCAGAGGUCAUCGACAAGCAGCUCAAGACCAACGACGAUUUUGUUUGGUCUCUUGAGGUUCCAUUCACCGGAAAAUUCAUAAUCGAAGUCGAAUUCCUCGAUUUGAAGACCACACCUCCAGAAGGCGGGGAGCCUUGCUCCAUCUGGUCGGAAGGAUCAUCGGCGCAAAACCAGUCGAAUGCGACUGCCAUAGCCUCGCUCGGGAGAAUGCUAUCCGAAAGCAUCCACACGGACAUUGCCAUCAACGCGUCCGAUGGCAGCAUUGGAGCGCAUCGCGCGGUUCUCGCCGCGAGGUCGCCUGUUUUCAGCAGCAUGUUUUCGCAUGACCUCAAAGAGAAGGAGCUGUCUACCAUCAACAUUUCGGACAUGUCCAUUGAAGCUUGUCGCGCCUUUCUCAACUACAUCUACGGUAGCAUAAGACACGACGAGUUUCUAGCCCACCGGCUGGCACUUCUUCGCGCGGCUGACAAGUACGACAUCUCGGAGCUGAAAGAGGCGUGCCACGACAGCCUUGUCGAAGAUAUCGACACCAGGAAUGUGCUCGAGAGGCUGCAAAAUGCCUCGCUAUAUCAGCUGCCGAAGCUCAAGGCCAGCUGCAUGAGCUACCUCGUCAAGUUUGGCAAGAUAUUCGACAUUCGAAACGAAUUCGAUUCGUUUCUGCAAUGUGCAGACAGAGAACUUGUUGCUGAAAUCUUCCAUGAGGUUCUGGCUGCCUGGAAAGGCUUCUGAAAGAUGAACAAUUGAUCAUCUCAGUAUAUAUUCUUUGUCUUGGUCCAUGAAAGAAAUUGUAUUGUGCAGAUCAUUUGUUGCAUCAAAGGAUAUUCUUUGUGCAAAAUGCAAUGGGUUUUGUGUACAAUGUACAAAUAUUUGUUUUCUGGAAACAAAUGGAUUGAUACAAAUGGAUUGAUCGAUGUUGAUGUAAGCGAUUGAAUGAAGGAAUUAUAAAU